UUUGCAUUUUUUUGCACAGAUCUGGUUGCAGUGCAUUUUCAUCGGAUCGCGACGUGGAAAUUUGUUUGAAAAAAUGUGCUUAUGGUAAAAUAUUGGAGUUUUCAAUAGCCGCAAUGAAAAAUGUGUAAUAAAAAAUUCAGGCAAGCAGAAAAGUUUUGAUAGAUCGUCGAAUUGUGGAGAAUUUAAUGCGUGCGUGCGUUUGUAUUUGCGAAAAGUCUGCUGUUUUUUUUUCUUGUAGCUGAGUUGGUGAAAAAACUAGCGCAACUCAAUUGCUGACUUCGGAAAUGUCAAACACGUGAAUUAUUUGCAAAAGAUAAAGGAAAAGAAAAACCUGUGCAAAGAAGUGGAAAAAUCAAAAAUCACCCCGAACAGGAAGAAAAUAUUAGAUAUUUAUUAUUAUAUUUACGCACAUAGUAUAAUUUAAGUCCAUAUUUGCUUGUGCUAAUUGAAAUAAAAAAAUCUGUGCUACUCGAUAAAUAAGCAAAAUAAUCUGAAAUAGUGUGCUACCUCUACUACAACAAACAAAAAUUUCAAUUGUACCAACGGAAUGCCAUCAAUCACCUACAAGGAGCGCGUACUCAGCGCACAACAGCUCAAAAAGCUGUCGGAACACAAAUACUCCUGUAGCAGCAGUAGUCUGUUGGAUCCAUGGCUACAGCCAUGGUGGAAUUGGCUUGUCUCAAAGACGCCACUUUGGCUGGCCCCCAAUCUCAUUACAAUCAUUGGACUGAUUGUCAACAUUGUGACAACAUUAAUAUUAGUAUCAUAUAGUCCCGAUGCCAAGUCGCCGCCACCCGCCUGGACUAGCCUACUCUGCGCGUUUGGCCUAUUCAUCUAUCAGAGUUUAGAUUCGAUUGAUGGUAAGCAGGCGCGUCGCACAAAUACCUCAUCACCAUUGGGUGAGCUUUUCGAUCAUGGUUGCGAUUCGAUUUCGACCGUUUUCGUGGCGCUUUCGGCGUGCAUAUCCUGCCAGUUGGGACAAUAUCCAAAUUGGUUAUUCUUUCAGUGCUUCUGUGCCAUUGCGUUGUUCUAUUGCGCUCAUUGGCAGACAUACGUUUCGGGUACUUUGCGGUUUGGCAAAAUCGAUGUGACCGAGGCGCAAUUCACCAUCAUGGCUAUACAUGUUAUAUCGGCCGUAUUCGGUCCGGAUGUGUGGCAAUCGCGGAUGUUUGGUAAUUUUGAAUUGUGGUCCAUCCUAUCGCUAAUGACCUUAGUUUGUGGUAUUUGGUCAUUAUGGUUUAUAUUCUCAGUUGUUUUGGCUGGCGGUGUUGGCAAGAAUGGCUCCACAGUUGCAAUUCCCCUGAUUGGCGGUCGUUGGAAUUAUAUCAUUUUAAUCGGCAUUACUUUGGGUUAUCUCGUGAAUAUGAUCAACUUUUCGAAAAUGUUUGUCGAAGGCGGCAGUGGCAAGAAUGGUUCCUCCGUUGCUCUCCCAAUAUUUGGCUGUGAAACGCGUGUUUUAUCGCUUUAUAUUAUAUUCGGCAUUUACAUUUUAUUUAUUUGUCGUAACGCGCGUGUGAUUAUGACGGAAGGAUGCGGCAAAAAUGGAUCAUCCGUUGCUGGUACCAGCGUACUUUCGCCCAGCAUACCAUUGACAAUGGUCAUUUUGCCCGCACUGAUAAUUGCUCAAAAAUCACCACAAAAUAUUUUCACCGAACACUCAGCGUUGUACAUAUUGGCAUUUGGCAUGGUGGCGGCCAAAGUCACCAAUAAGCUGGUGAUCGCUCACAUGACAAAAGCCGAAAUGGAAUAUCUGGAUUGGUCGCAAUUGGGUCCAGCGUUGCUAUUCUUUAAUCAAUACUUCAACUGUGUGCUGCCGGAAAUCUGGUUGCUAUGGUUUACGCUGAUCUGGGGCACGCAGGAUCUCAUACGCUAUUGCUCAAAGGUUUGCGUGGAGAUUUGCAAUCAUUUGCACAUUUAUCUCUUCACGAUCCCUCAUCUGGGAAAAAAUUCGACACAAACCGUGAGUCAAGGUACAAAUGCGCCCACUACAAGUAUGAGCAUGAGCGCGUCAGCGGCAGCUGUGGCGCAAGACAAGAACGGUGGAACACAUCAUCGGAAGUCGACGCGGCAGGCUAGCAAAAAGCAGCAACAACAACAGCACUAGAAUUUAAUUUGCAGUUAUGUAAUAUAUAAUUCAUACAUAGAAAAUCAAGAAAACAAAAGCAAAAAAAAAAAACACUCAACAAAUAAAAUUUUAAGAAAUUGUUCCGUGUCAAUAAGUUUACAAAAACCAUGAUUCAAUUAUUGAAUCAUGUACAAAACCCAAAAAAAUAGAAAGAAGAAAAUAAAAUGUAAUUGGAAAAAGCUGUAGGAAGUAAAUUAGCACCACAAAAACAAAAAGAGCUUGAACUGAUGACUAGCGUAAAUUAAAACAAAAUAAAAAUCGGUAAAGAAAAUAUGAAAGUAUGUGAAAUAUUUCUGAGUAUAUUCUUUUGCUUUAUUACGAUUUCUUUUUCUGUUUUCUUUUUUUUUUACUUUAUAAGAGGGCGUUUACUUUAUGUAGGCGCUAUUUACUAUUUAUUGUAAUUGUAAAACUUGCAAAAAAUUAGGUCGGAUUAAAUUAUAGUAUAACAUUAAUAUGUAUAAAUUUUGUAGCUGUGGAAAACAAAAAAAAAAACUUUGUAACGUUUACCUGGGUAUGCGGAUGAAUAAAAGUUUAUUAUUUCAA